GAUUAGCGGUUGAACAUGUUGAAGCUGUCGGUCCGAUCCGCUUCAGCAGAGAGAGAGAGAGAGAGAGAGAGAGGGCUCUCUUUCUCACAAAUUCCAUAUUCUCUCUGAAAGGAGAAGGACACCAAAGCAGUAACGACAAAAACCGACCCCCCACGCAUUGUCGACAACGUUUCCAUGAAGAACAGCCUCCUCCUCAUUCGUACCUUAUUAUUAUACCUUUAAUUGAACAACAGCAUACUGCUCUCUCUCUCUCUCAAAAUCGAAAGAAAAACCCAUAAAGCUCUGAACAGCAAGCCUUCUGACACAGAGAGAUCAGAGAAGCAACUCGGUGAAUUUUCUUGGGGCUUCAAUUGGGUUUUUGAUCAAUUGAAAAACCCAGUAAGGGAUUUCUGGUUCUUGCUUUGGUUGGUGAGUUCUUCUCGAUUGUCAUACCAAUGUUUCAAGAUGAUGGGUCGUCUUCUAUAACUUCAACGCCUCUUCAAGCCUUUCCCAUUAUGUCUCUUUCCCCUGGCUUUGGAUCAGCAUACCCGUGGCUCAAAGAGCUCAAAUCCGAGGACCGAGGCCUGUAUUUGAUCCAUCUGUUGCUGGCUUCUGCAAAUCAUGUUGCUACAGGCAGCCUUGAAAAUGCUAAUAUCACCCUUGACCAAAUUUCUCAACUUGCCUCUCCCGAAGGCGAUACAAUGCAACGCAUAGCCGCCUACUUCACUGAGGCACUCGCUGAACGGAUUCUCAAAGGUUGGCCCGGUCUUUACAAGGCCCUCCAUUCUACUAGAAUCUCUUUGGUAUCAGAAGAAAUUCUCGUCAGAAAAUUGUUUUUUGAGUUGUUUCCCUUCUUAAAAGUGGCUUUUGUGAUCACAAACCAAGCUAUUAUUGAAGCCAUGGAAGGGGAGAAGAUGGUUCAUAUAAUUGAUCUAAAUGCAGCAGAACCUGCACAGUGGGGUGCACUUAUUAAAGACUUGAGUGCUCGUCCUGAAGGCCCACCCCAUUUGAGAAUUACUGGGGUUCAUCAACAAAAAGAAGUCUUGGAGCAAAUGGCUCAUAUAUUGACUGAAGAAGCUGAUAGGUUGGAUAUUCCAUUUCAGUUCAAUCAAGUAGUUAGCAAAGUAGAGGAUCUUGAUAUUGAAAAACUACGUGUUAAAACCGGGGAGGCCCUAGCGAUUAGCUCAGUUCUUCAACUGCAUACGCUUUUGGCUAAUAAUGAUGAACUCAGAAAAAAAUCCGCAAUGACACCGAAUAAUGCAAAUGGAGUUAACUUGCAAAGAACCUUGCAAAUGAACCAACGCACUUUAGGUGAGUUGCUUGAGAAAGAUUUGGUUAAUGGGUAUAGUCCAACAAGUCAUGACUCGGCUUCUUCGUCGCCACUAUCUUUAAACACUUCAGCAAGGAUGGAUAGCUUCCUUAAUGCCUUAUGGGGUUUGUCACCGAAGGUCAUGGUGGUAACAGAGCAAGAUUCAAACCAUAAUGGAUCGACUCUCAUGGAGAGGCUACUGGAAGCAUUGUACUUCUACGCAGCAUUAUUUGAUUGUUUGGAAUCUACUUUGCCAAAAACAUCAUUGGAGAGACUGAAGGUGGAGAAGAUGCUAUUUGGGGAGGAAAUUAAAGACAUCAUAACAAGCGAGGGAGCCGAAAGGAAGAAAAGACAUGAAAAGCUUGAAAAGUGGAUUCAAAGGCUUGAGUUAGCCGGUUUUGGGAGUGUACCUUUGAGCUAUUAUGCUAUGUUGCAAGCAAGGAGGUUGCUGCAGAGUUAUAGUUGUGAUGGGUAUAGAAUCAAAGAAGAGAAUGGCUGUGUGGUGGUUUGCUGGCAAGAUCGAUCUCUUUUCUCAGUAUCGGCUUGGCGGUGUAGGAGGUAGAUCGUUGCUUAUUUACAGUGUAAUGUUUUCAUUUUUUCUUUUCUUUUUGUUUUCUGUGUAUGAAGAAUUUUGUUCCUUUGGUAGUGCGUACUGUUUGGUUGGUUUUAUGACCGUCUCUUGUGCUUACCUACACUACACCUCACAGUAGUGAUUUCUUUUCAUUUUAUUUCUUAACUCAAGCUGUUUGUUCUUCGUGGAUAACUUGUGAUAAAACCAUUCAAUUUCUUUUUUUAAUUGAUUAGAAUGACUGCUGCAAUUUCAUCA